CUGAGUCAGGCUGUGUGAAAAACCGUUUAAAAAGUCAGCAGCCAUUUCUUAGCAUUGGUCAACCGUGUACAACAGACUUAGAUAAGAGCUUGAAGGAUUUUCCAUAGUGGUGUGUGCUGUCUGAUGGCUUUAAGUCAAGUGGGGAGUUCAAAGAGUGACUGACGGCUGCUAAAUCUAUUGUGAAGGUCAAGGUUAUUUCAAUCAAACAGUUGCCACAGAUGACCAUAAGACUACAGUAAAGGCCAGUAGAGAUCUGUCACAUCAAGUUACAGGAACUAAGUUGGAUAGUCUAGAUGACCACAACAGUAUGGUCAGUGGAGAGGAUAGUCUAGAUGACCACAACAAUAUGGCCAGUGGAGGGGAUAGUCUAGAUGACCACAACAAUAUGGCCAGUGGAGAGGAUAGUCUAGAUGACCACAACAGUAUGGCCAAUGAAGAAGACAUCUCAACAUAUUUUAGAGGUACACAUGAAGUACACGAAUGUCUUGAAGGUCAAGGUGAGAUAGAUCUACACACACACUUGGCAAACUGCAAGAAAAAUCCUGGCCAUAAAAACUUUGUACCUGUAAAUCAGUUAAGUCUUGCACAUUUUCCUUCUGGUUACCAUGACAACGAUGUGCUUAACUUCACAAAAGCGCUGGCUGACAUAACUGUCAGGAUAGCCGUUAAGUUCACCAGUCCAGACAGACCAGAGUUUGUACCAGGCACUAAAGAUCCAUAUCCUUGUUACAACACCAGGGGACAGAACUCACUAAGGACAGGGACAGGGAAGGUGUGGGCAGUGUACAAGUACACAGAGGGGAUGGUCCAGUUAAAGCCUCCCUACAGAACUUGUCCAUGUCCUGAAUGUGACCACUCGGACACACCCAGCAAAGUGUGGUGGAGGGUUGCUGUGAUGACAGCCAAGCAUGUGGUUUUUGAUGAUAGUGAGGCGAGACAGUCCAGCUGUAGGUUAUGGUUUGAUGAUGAUAAAAGUCCAGUGGUCAAGAUUUAUGGGUGGAUGGUGGGUGAUCUAGACCCCACUGAGAAAGACACGUGUUGGUUCGAUUGUGUGACACACGACGUAGAUGUAGCUGAAAAACUGAAGGAGAUGAAGAGGCGGUUUGGUGAUCAAUGUGAAGUAAUGGACAAAUACAAGAGUCGUAGAGAUGUGGACAAGCUGACCAUUAUAGUGUCACAUCCUCAUGGCUGUUCUAAGCAGGUCUCUGUAGGUCACUGGGUACACAGGCAGAGGUCGGGGUAUAUAGAGACCAAGUACACGUACACAACUUGUACAUGUCCGGGUAGCAGUGGGGCUUGGGUCUACAUACUGGGGUAUGUCUUGUCUGAACAUCCCCACAGUGGAGCAAACUCAAGUGGAUUAAAUUAUAGUGGGGUGGACACGGACUCGCGAUGUGUUAUUUUGUACUGAAUGUAAACAAACAUGGCGUCUGUUGGUUGUUUGUCUUUUCUAGAAUGUAAACAAAUAUUGCGCUUGAAUGAUGUCUGCCCUUAAAAUAUUUCUUGACAUUAUUGUAGAGUUUUGUUACGCUUUAAAUUUAUUUUCUCUUUAUUUUAUCAGAUAAAAAGUUGUUGAUUGUUUGUUUGGAAGUGAGGAAAAAAAAUGUGUCGCAAAUUUCUUGUAAAAUUAUAAACGUGAACAAAAAAUUAAUCAUCUCGUUUUCUUUUUCAUUUUUGUUUGUUUGAAUCUAAGGAUUCUCAAAAUUGACGCUAAAGUUUGGAUCUAUAAAAUUUAAUAGCGAAUUAAAAAUGUAUUCUAAUUUCACAUAUUUUCGUUAUUUCUAUAGCAACCUUAACUUCUAAUUGCGUCUUUCUGCUAUUUUGUUCUAUAAAGAAAAUUAUAUUAAUAUAUGGAUACAUCAAAAACCAUUAAACAUAUUAAAGAAAAACAAUUUUUUUAUGUCCUGUCUGUUUUAAAUUCAAGUUUAUUUCGAUGACUCAAAAAUAUAUCGCUUCUCUAUUUCUAUUAGAAUUCUCGGCCUAAAACUAACCCUAAAGUAAAAACACAUGUUUAAUACCUAGUAGAUUAUAUAUGACUAUACGUCAUUGUGUGUAUAACAUUUGCUGAUAAAAUGGAUCGAUAACAUGAUUUGUAUGGAUAUCCCACUUAAUUGCUUUGGAUAACGGAAAUAAAGAGAUC